UGUCCUAUUUUAUCGUGCAUAAAAACUCUUGAUAUUUAGGCCUCAACUGGACAAAAUUCAACAGCUGCAUCAUAGAUUAAAGCACAUAUGUUAGCAUAUUUGUGAUACAUACAUGCAUGUUUUUCACAAAACAGUCCCUUUCUGCAAUUCGUGAUGAAGCACCUGGAAAUCCUAUAAAAAAUAAACAACAAUCCACCAGGAUUAGUUUUUUUAUUUAGAUAUUGGCAUUAUUUAUUAUAUUGCCCCCAACAAUAGCCUGUUAUAAAAUUUUAAAAAAAAAGGCUAUUUAUACAAAGUUUGCCAUGGGCUUUUGAAAUAGUUUGUUAGUUUUUUCAAGUAGAUUGAUUGAUUAGAUCAACAUUGCAAGAUAAACCAUGUGGCCCUUCAACUGCACUGCUUUCAUCACAAAAGAAUAGUUAUUCUGCUCAAACUGUCUGUAUCUUCCCAAAAUACCUAUUUCAAUAUUUGAACGUAUAGUAGCGUGUCCUGUUUGUAUUCAAAUUUGCCAUAAAAUAAAAAAUAAUAACAAAGCACCCCUAAUAUCUGCUUAUAUUAGUGUUUAUAUUACUGUUAUGUGCUUUUAUUUCCUUGAUCGAACAAAAAUAUCACAACACUGCCACCCGGCGUUUUGGCGUGGUACUGCACAUUACAUAUUUUAAAUAACAAUAAAUAAAUCAUAUUUACUAGAAAUAUUUUUUUCAAAUAUUAUUUAGAAUACGUAUCAUUUUUAUCUCAAUGCCAAAGGCACUCACAAAAAAAAGAAAGAAAAAAAGAAAAAACGGAUAUGAAGACUGUACAAGCGGAAAUGAGAUCAUUAUUCCGCCCCAAAACAAACGGAGAGCUGUUAUGAAACCUGAAUGAAAUGUUCGAUAACUGCUGCUUUACGGGCCUUUUGUAAGACCACGUGCAAAGUUAUGCUGCUACUCCUCGUGUAGUUUUACCGUCUGCAGAGGUGAAGUUUAGCUGAGGAAAAGUAAGAGAGCAUGGCAAAGCGGAAAAAAGCUUCAGAGACGGACGUAGAUACAAAGAAACCGAGGCUGCCGAGAGCAAAGAGAAGCGCAGCAAAAACAAGACCGAAGAAGAAAGCUGCCGACGAUGACAUCAUUACAGAUGAGGAGCUGCAGAGGAAAGUCAAACCCAAGCCACGCCCCCCUUCAAAACGUGCCAUGCAGACGGUUUCUGCUUCUAGUCCCACAGCCGGCCCUGAUGUCCAAACCAGUAAAUACUUUAAGACGCCCCUGACAGGUGAGAUUGACAGUGAAGAUGAGUUUGACCUUGUGACCUCACCGCCCCCCAUAGUGGAAGCAAAAUGCAAGAAACCAGUGAAAGACAAAGAAGAAGAGGAGGAGGAGAGUGACAGUGAGGAUGAUGAUGACUGGGAGGAAGUUGAAGAGCUUGCUGAGCCUCUGGGUCCAGCUGAAGCUUCUGAACCUUCCUUGCCCUCUGAGCCUGUAGAGAUUGAGAUUGAGACCGCAGAAGUCAGAAAACGGAAAAAGAGACAAGAAGAAUUUGAGACAUACCUCAGGCGGAUGAUGAAGAGGUAUAAGAAGGACUUACUAAUAGACACACACAAGGUUCACCUCUUGUGCCUUCUCGCCAACGGGAUUUUCCGCAACAGACUGUGUGGUGAGCCAGACCUGUUGGCCGUCACUCUGUCCCUCCUACCAGCUCACUUCUGCUCAGUCGACAAAAAGUGCAUCGACCAAAACUACCUCUGUGCCUUGUUGAAAUGGUUCAGAGCAACAUUUACUCUGAACCCUCUCCUUCCUCAAGAAGAGGACCCUUCAGAUCUACCAGCUCUUCUGGAACGGCGGCUAGCGACCUUCACAGCCCGAGAUCACCAGGAAAUGACUCAUCUUUUCUUGUUGGUCCUGAGGUCUUUGCAGCUUUUCUGCCGACUGGUUCUUUCUUUGCAGCCAGUUCCUUUCAAACCCCCUUCAGCUAAGUCUAAAGGGGUUCGAACAUCUACCUCACAAACAAGUCGAGAAACAUCUGAGACAAACUCCCCGGAGCAGAAAGUCUCUCCAGGCUCCAAAAGACCUCAGAAAGAAAAAAAACUCAAGCAAAGUGGAGGAGGGAAGAAAGCAAAGACCAAAGAGAUCAAACACGAAGAGGAGAAGCUCGUUCUCUCAGGUGGGCGGAGACCAAAGAACUCCAAACGCCGCAGAGUUGCCUCAAAGGUCAGCUACAAGGAGGAGAGCAACAGCGAGGGAGAUGAGGAAGAGGAGGAUGGGGAAGACUUUCAGGCCACCAGUGAGGAGGAGGAGGACAGUGAUUUUGAGAGCGAGGUCAAACCUAGAAAAGGGAAGAUGGGUAAAGGUAAGGCCACGGUCACUGCCAGUAAAAAAAAUGUUGGUCCAAAGAAGAAGAACGAUGGCAAGAAACACGUAAAAGAUGAGGAGGACAGUGAUUGGGAGGAAGAAAAGCAGGAAGAUGAUGAAAGAGUUGAAGGUACAGGAAAAAGGAGGAGUGUGCGGCGGGGGGGCCCCGGGGCAGAUGAGUGGCUGGAGGUCUUUCUGGAGAAAUCUUCCUCCUGGGUUUGUGUUGACGUGGAGCAUGGAGUCGGGAUGCCUCAGCUCUGCUCCCAGAAUGCAACUGAGCCAGUGACGUACGUGGUGGCUGUGGAUGGAAACGGCUUUUUGAAAGAUCUGGGACGGAAGUACGACCCCACCUGGAUGACGACGUCCCGGAAGAGGAGGGUGGAUGAUGACUGGUGGGAGGAAACACUCCAGUUCUUCUUGGGACCUGAGGAUGAGAGGGAUGUGAAAGAGGAGAAGGAGCUUCAGAGUAAACUCCUGAACAAACCGUUACCAAUAUCUGUAGCAGAGUACAAGAACCAUCCCCUGUACGCCCUAAAGAGACAUCUGCUGAAGUAUGAGGCUCUAUAUCCGGCUACAGCCACUGUCCUGGGAUACUGCAGAGGAGAGCCGGUGUACUCCAGGGAUUGUGUGCACACCCUCCAUUCUAGGGACACGUGGUUGAAAGAAGCUCGAACUGUCCGACUGGGGGAGGAGCCUUAUAAGAUGGUAAAGGGUUUCUCCAAUCGGUCCCGAAAAGCCAGAAUGGCUUCUGAGCAGAAGGAUCACAAAGACCUGGGUCUGUUUGGAGAGUGGCAGACUGAAGAAUACCAACCCCCCAUAGCUGUGGACGGGAAGGUCCCUCGUAACGAGUACGGUAACGUGUAUCUGUUCAAACCCUGCAUGUUACCGGUGGGCUGCGUUCAUCUAAGACUGCCUAACCUCCACCGUGUGGCCAAGAAGCUAAACCUGGACGCUGCUGCGGCAGUAACCGGCUUUGACUACCAUGGAGGAUACUCCCACGCCGUGACCGACGGCUACAUUGUGUGUGAAGAGGACGAGGAGAUUCUCAGAGCUGCUUGGGUGGAAGAGCAAGAGAUCCAGAAAAAGAAAGAGAAAGAGAAAAAGGAGAAAAGAGCCGUGGCCAACUGGACUCUGCUGGUGAAGGGUCUCCUGAUCCGAGAGAGGCUCCGACAGCGCUACAGCCAGAAGAACCAGGGAGUUGGGAGUGUAGCUCGUGAAGACGACGCCGGCGGGUUCUCUUCAGACGACGAGGCGGCGGCAGCUGGGGGUGAUGGCGACGGUGCUAAAACGGCGUCAGAAACUCUGGCCAUGUCCUGGCCCCAAAACAGGCAAACACAGGAGGGUGGCGGAGGGGCCGGCACUCUGAAAAAGACAACAAAACGGGGGAGGAAGGGUCAGGAACAACAUUUGUUUCCCUUUGAGAAAGUGUAAAGGAUUCAUCCAAACCAAACGGUUUUUGAGCCUCUAUGAACAAAGAAAAUCACCAAAACACUGUAGGCAGUCAGGAAAUAUUUGGUUUACUUCUAUAACAGUAAACUAAAUCCAGAUCUGAGUUCAGUUUAAUAGAAUCAGUUAUCAGGUGAACCAACAUUAAAACAACAGCAUUGAGGCACUUUUAGUAAACUUGUUUUGUCAUCGAGGCUCUGAGUACACAUUAAAACUGAAUUUCAUUGAGAUUUAAGAAAGAAAACAGAAAAUGUGUCAUAAAUAUUGUUUACAAAACUGCAUUGCCAGGUUGGUAAACUAGAACAAAAUCAUUGUAAAUAUAUUAUCAAAGAAAGAAGCUCAGAAUGUCGUUGUGUUUAACAUUUCAUGAAGUAACUUCUGUCUCUUCACAGCAGCUCUGCUCCAAAAUGUUGAGUGAAUAAAGUCGACGUGUUACACAAGUAAACCUGAAAGAUAAUGUACCUUAAAAAAAGCACUCCAUUUGCUGAAUUUAAAUGAAUAUCACCAUUUAGUAAACUGACAGCAAUCCAGACUGAAUGAAGCACAGCUGCUGUGUCUAAAAAUGGUUUUCUCACUGUUAUUUUUAUCUAUAUGGGGAACAAAACAGUAGAAUUCUGCUGCUUUUUUUCAUCAGGAUGCUGACUAAAAAUCAGCAAUUCAUCUUUAAAUCCACUUUUGCUUUUUCACCGACUCUUUAAUGGUGUAAAAAUUAGUUUAAAUAGUCAACAUUCCUGGGUUUGUUCUUUCCCUCAUCUCUCUCUACGAGAGAUGGACACAUUUCUCUGUUCUUAUCUGUACGUUGUGUUUGUUUGUUAAUGCACAGCUCAUGGGGGCGGGUCUAAAAAAGAACUGUUUUGAAUGAGACAUAUAUUUUUGUAAGAACUGUUGAAAUACACACAUAAAGAGGUCUUUUGUGUGGU